AUGUUGAAAGUGAUUUGUGAGCAUCUGAAGCCAGUCAUUUACACUGAAGACAACUACAUUGUUCGAGAAGGGAAACCACUUGGUAUGAUGCUCUUCAUCACACAAGGACUCGCAUGGAGCUACACAACCGAACACAUCAAUGGUGGACGAACAAGCUUUGAUUCUUCAAGUAAUGAGUGGUUAAAGAAAGGUGAUUUUUACGGAGAAGUGCUGUUGAAUUGGGCAUUCAAGUCUCCCUCCUUCUCUUCUUUACCAAUCUCCACUAGAACUGUUAUGUCCCAAGAAAAAGUUGAAGCAUUCACUCUAAGGGCUAGCGACUUGAAGAGUAUAGUCUGCAAAUUCUGGUGGCAUUUUACCAGAGAGCUCGAGCAAGUGGAGCUAGAACAGUGGGAGAAUGCAGCAGCUUCUUCAAUACAAGGAGCUUGGCGCAACCGUUUGGCAAAGGCUAGGCGUUCAAAUCGCUGGGACAAAUUUACCGCCCAUUAUUAG